UCCCUAUACCAACACCAACACCACAACCUCAAAUUGAAACGCCCAAACCUACUGAAAAAAGUGGUGGCUUACUUGGAUCAAUUACAAACAUUAUUCCAAAAACAAUUAUCUCAUCGACACCAUCUCCAACACAACUACCAACUACGUCACCUUCACAACCCCCACAAAAUGAAACCCCCAAACCAACUGAAAAAAGUGGCGGUUUACUUGGGUCAAUCACCAACAUUAUACCAAAAACAAUCAUUUCCUCAUUAACACCAUCCCCAUCAAUCACCUCGUAUCCUUUCCCAUCACAACACCAAAGCGAUACGCCCAAACCAACUGAAAACAGUGGUAGCUUACUUGGGUCGACUUCAAAUAUAAAUCCAAAAACAACCUCGAUUCCCUUUACCACACAACAAGAAACCCCAAAACCAACCGAAAAGAGUGAAAACUCAACUGCCGCUACUUCUUCGAAUCAACAAAAUGAAACACCAAAACCUACUGAAAAAAGUAGUGGACUAAUGGGAUCAAUUGCAAAUAUAAUUCCACCAAUUUUUUCCUCCACGCCCUCAUCAAAACCUUCAGCAACAGACGCUCCUUUGAAAAAUGAAACACCAAAACCUACUGAAAAAAGUGAUUCGGUUGGAUCAAUCACAAGUAUAACUUCACAAACACCAUCAUCAUCAGCCGCACCUUUCUCUCAACAAAACGAAACUCCUAAACCAACUGAAAAAAAUAGUAGUUUACUUGGUUCAAUUACCAAUAUUAUACCAUCGACAAUAAUUUCUUCACAAACUACUCCACCAACCACACCAAAGCCAACAUUAUCAGCUUCUUCACAAUCUCAAAAUGAAACACCUAAACCCACUGAAAAGAGUGGUGGUUUACUUGGGUCAAUUACCAAUAUUAUACCGUCGACAAUAAUUUCUUCACAAACUACUCCACCAACCACACCAAAGCCAACAUUAUCAACUUCGUCACAAUAUCAAAAUGAAACACCCAAACCAACUGAAAAGAGUGGUGGACUACUUGGAUCAAUUACAAACACUAUUCCAAAAACAAUUAUCUCAUCAACACCAUCUCCAACACAAAUACCAGCUAUGUCACCUUCACAACUCCCACAGAAUGAAGCACCAAAACCAACGGAAAUAAGUGGUAAUUUAAUUGGAUCAACCACACCAGCUCCAAUACAACCCCAAAAUGAGCCACCCAAAACAACCAAUAGCAAUUUAACCGGUUCGACAUUUGGUACAACGCCAUCUCCAUCACCAUCACCAUCACCAUCUUCACCAUCACCAUCGCCAUCGCCAUCACCAUCUUCAACACCAUCACCAUCAUCAUCUUCAACACCAAUCAAAGUAGAUCCUUCUUCACAAACAACACCACCUACCACAUCAAAACCAACACUAUCAGGUACACCAACACCAGUUUCAUCACAACCCCAAACUGAAACACCCAAACCUACUGAAAAAAGUGGUUCUUUACUAGGGUCAAUAACAAACUCAAUACCCAAAACAAUUAUAUCAUCAUUUACACAACCACCAACUCCAAAUCCAACACAAUCACCUGAAACUACUAUAGCUCCAACAAUAAGUUCAACCCCUUCUGUUUCUAAUCAACAAAAUGAAACACCCAAACCAACUGAAAAAAGUGGCACCUUGCUUGGAUCAAUUACAAAUCUAAUACCAAAAACAAUUAUUUCUUCAUUCACACAACCAGCUCAAUCACAAGCACCACAGAUAAACCCAAGCGAAACACAAACACCAACACCUAAACCAACUGAUAAGAGUGGUAAUCUACUAGGAUCAAUAACAAAUUUAAUACCAAAGACAAUUAUCUCCUCAUUCACACAACCAGCUCAAUCACAAGCACCACAGAUAAAUCCAAGCGAAACACAAACACCAACCCCUAAAUCUGGAAUUAUAGGUUCUAUUACCAAUUUGAUUCCUCAAACUAUUAUUUCAAUACAGCCCACAAUACAACCUACAAGCCAACCAGCUCAAACAAAAAAACCAAGCUCUUUCUUUGGAAGCAUAAAUCCUUUUAACAGAUAA